AUGUUCAUCUCUGUCUCCGACCUCGGCUCUGAUAUCCAAUUCCACUGGGCAUUCUACCUUGUCCAAAGCCGGGGCCAAGGCAUCAUGUUCCAUAUGAUCAACAGCAUCGAGACGGGCAAUCGAUGGCAAUAUCAGACGAAGCCUGUUACCGGAAUUCCAAACUCACUCAACCUACUGGUCGCCGUGAAGAUAGCAGUAAUGGACCCAGCAUUACAUAGUGCCCUUGCAGAUCGUCUCGCUGCUGUUCCUGAUACCCCACCUAUCACUUGUCGCCUGUGGCUCAAGCGAGCAUUGCUUGAACUGGAUGAGGAGGGGUAUAUUCAACUCACGGGGAGGGUUGACAAUAUUGAACAGGAGGCGCUGAUUGAAGCAGCGGAGAAUCAGCCACAGAGAAUACGUACUGGUCUUUGUAGUCGGUAUCGUGUGGUAUAG